GCAAGCUCCUCUUCCCUGGGAAUCCCAAAAGCCUUUCAAAAAAUACAUUUCUUCAAUGGCAUCCAGCAGGUCACAGAAUCGCCAUGCUCUGGCCUGUAAGUUUUGUCUCAGAAUCCAGGAAUCCCUUUCGGUGCAUCUGAGAAGAUCCUGCAUGAAAGGAGCUAAACCUGAGGAGAUUGACAGGCUGGUCUCUGAAGCGAGAGUGAACAUGCGCCAGAUACUGAAAGGGCUGAGUGUGGUUGAAUAUGAUGAGCUAGACUGCAAGGAGUCGGAUCCUCAGGACUUUUUUGUACAAUUUCUGGAGAGGAAUGGGUGUUAUAUAAGAGGAAAACCCUUGCAACCUACCAGCAGCCCCAUUUUGAAAACUUUUGAUGCAAUGGAGCAACAACAACAGGGAUUUAAAUCAAAGGCAGUGGAGAACAGGAACAUUGUUUCUUCAACUGAGGAGACUAACAAGGAGGAACCAAAAUUGAAAUCAAUUACAGAAGAUGAUGUUGGCAGUCCUGACUUGUCAACUAAUGGAGUCCAAGAAGAUGCCAUUGUUAAGGAGGAAGAAGAAAUGGAGACACGUGGACCUGAUCAAGGACAGGACUUUGACUGUGGUGAGAGCGAAGAACUACAAAGGCGAAUGAAAGAGGCUGGAAUGUACAGGAAACAUCCAAUUGAUUCAAAAGUCCUUGUUGUCUUCCAGAAAUAUAUAAAGAGUUUAUCAGAUGACGCAAAGCGCACACGUGGGGUAGCAAAGAUUGCAAGAUUCUUUUACUUCAUGGAUCCCUCCGAACCAUCCUUGAACUUUUUGCUAGAUUUUCCGAAGACCCAUGAUUUUUUUGAGAAGCUUCAAUCACUUGGAAAUAAAACUACAACACUCUUAGAUUACCUAGAUCACAUAGAGUGGUUUGUUAUAUUUGUUCUGUUCCAAAAUGACCACCAAUUGUAUGAUCGCUGUCAACACUUUCUGUAUGUAUUACAAAACUAUAUUUAUAAGAGACUCAGAAGAAGACUUGCAGAGGAAGCAAAGGAAAAAGAGUAUCGUUUGCUGUUUGGAGAAGCAGAAAGCCCAGAGGAACUCAAUUGGAUUCUCUUAUAUCGGCAGAAGGCAAUCGAUGACAUGGUUGCAAGAGCAGAAUUGAUGAAGCUUUUAACCAGUUACCCGCAGCCUUCAACAUCAAGCAGAUAUGACGAUGACAGCACCAUAACGCCAGCAAUAAAGAAACCUGGAGAGUUGGCGCAAAAAGGAGUGAAAGCGGUUCCAAAAGAGUCAAAGGAUGAUACAUAUAACAAAUUCAAAGAGGUCUAUCUCAAUCUGGAUUCAAAUCCUCCAAAGCUAAAGAAAGGAUUGGCCUUUUCUGCAGUGCAUGGCCAAUACUGCUAUGAUAAAUGGAGGAAAGCACAAAACAAGAUGCGUGUGGAUCACAUCACUGGACACUUCAAGACUAGGUUCCCUAGAGAAGAAGAGUUGAAGAGGAUCAUCCGGUCUAAGGGAUGGAAACUAAAUUUACCAAGGCUUAAGGACAUUAUGGACAACUGCAAAGCUCAGUUGCGCUAAAGACUUUCCCAGUAAUAAAACACAUUGAAAUGCUUUAACUCAGUCAGUCUUAAUGGUUGGGUCAACAGAAUGUUUCCAACCCCAUCCUCUAUUAAUGGACCAACUCCAACCUAGGUUAAUAGCUUGGUCACUGAGUGAGGCUCAGCUCCUGUGGCCUUGAUCCUGUGUUCCUUUCCAAGUUUGCAGACUCUUGAAUCCUGCUUAUUAACAAAACAUUGAAACACUUAUAUUUAAAGUCUGGCUCUCAAAAGGUUGCAUCAACAGCAUGUUUCCAAUCCCAUCCUUUGUUACCAGCCCCUAAUAGAAGGUAUUUACUCCUAAGUUACUACUGGUAGCAAAUUCUUUUCUGUGAUACUAACAUGUUACUAUUGCAAAUGAUUCCUCUUGCGUGGCAACGUUUGUUUUCUGUGGAACCUGUAUACAAUAAAGUCUCAUUCCACAUCA